GAAGCGGCUCGCAGACGACAGCCGCAGAGCAUGUGACUCUUCUACGUUUGAGACGGAUCUGUUUUGAUAGAUUACCUUCUGGUCGGAGGGAAAGUGUAUAGUAGUUGUGCCGUUGAAAUGUGUUUCGCCGCAGUCAGCGCGGCGCUUUUGGUCUCUGUCGGAAUGCGAUUUGAACACUAUAGCAAAUGUCGCGCGCGCAAUACGCAUGGAAGCGACAGUAAGUUUGUCUGUUUGGGUGCGCACAGCGCGCAUUACCGUACCAAUUGCAUUGGGGAAACCUCCGCCCCUCCGACACACCAAAGCAAGGGCAAGGGUUCAUAGCACUCGAGGGGGAGGGGGUAUUUUCGAAGGCCCGCUCCACGUAAAAAUUGCGCCUAAGAUGUCGUACACGAAUAGGGUAAUGUGCGACCUGUCUCGUCGCGUUGCAAUUGCCCUUUCCGUGUCGUCUGUCACACAUCAGUCGAUUGCACACGAGUAUGCUAUACGCCCGACUCUUGUCACUGUACGGUGUGCUUUAUUGUGUCGUCUUUUUUUGUCGGUCUCUCUAAACUUGAGGGAGGGUGUGUUCUUCACACUCGGGCCGGUGCUGGGCAGGGCCGCUCCCGGUAACGGGCUGCGACUGGACGGACUCUGUGCCGGGCCCGCGCCCCUCCCUGUGUCCGCCCCUCUCUCUCUCCCUCCCCGUCCUUCCACCUGCCCCUCGCCGUCCUCCCACCUGUGCCUUCCCGUCGGUCCAGCGGCCAGCGGCGGCGUGCAGCCGCACCGACAGGACCGACGGGACAGAACAGAGUCGAAGUCAAGUCGAGCGGAGCCUCGCGCGCGACCGCUCCCGCGAGCCGAGACCUGCCGUGUGCUUUCGCCCGCCCCGCGCGCCCUUUUCACUUACUUAUUUCAUUAUUUAUUUUUAUUAUUUUUAUCUACUUCGUUUCGCAUCGCUCCUCGUGUGUGUGUGUGUGUCGUUGGCGGCCGCGUGUGGAUCGUCGUUCACGUGUGGCCUCGCCCAGGGCAGGACCGCCAGGAAGUGUGGGCUCGCCGCCGCCGGGGAAGCCGAGCAGGCGGCACGCCAUGACGGACGCGAGGACCUCGACGGCCACCAGGACGGGCCUCGGGCAGGGGACGCCGCCCCACCACCAGCUGCACCACCACAGCUCCGUCAAGAGCCCCGAGUCCAUGAGCGCCGUCAGCAUGCUGCAGAACUCGAUGGAGGUGCUGCAGCGCAUGGAGGACGUCCGACUGCACGAGGACGGCGACGACGACCUGGAGCCUUCGCGCGUGACGGCCCUCGUGGCCGAGACCCUGGGCGUCGGCGACGCCGAGGUCUCGGCCCUGAUGCGGGAGUCCCUGGCCGUGGCGGAGCGGCUGGCGGCGGCCUCGCUCAUGACCUCGGCCGCGGCCAAGCGCCGGCUGCAGGCGCGCUCCAUCGAGCUGGGUGCCUCCUCCCCCGACGCCGGCAUCGCCUUCGGGGGCCUCAGCGGCCUCGCCGAGGAGUACGUCCCGCCCCGCGCCUUGCUCCUGUACCUCGUCCGGUAGGUGAACACGGUCGAUGUGACGUAGAGUGUCCUCUUGCAUUGUCCAACAGCCGGCUAAUUUGAAAAAAAAAACACAAAAAAAACACCAUCAACGGCGAGACCACAAUGUGGUCACCCUUUUGCUGUUAUAUACUAUAGUCCCCGCGUCCCCAACCAUUUGAAAAAAAUAAUUUCCCCGCACAGAAUGCCUCCAAGUCUCGAUAGAGACAGAUUUCUCUCCGCCCUGGUUCAAGAGCAGACUGUCAACGAACCACAUUUUUUCUAUCCCUUGGCCUUAUAACAAAGUUGUCGGUCAAAUUAUAAUUUUACUUUAUCUCUUCGCCCUGUUAUGACCCCCGUUAUCUGGCCUGACUCCGCUAUAAAUGAUACUCCCCGCUCACGUUCCCUUCUUUUUUGUGUGUGAGUGCUCCCCUUCUGACGCGGUGCGAAACCAUAGCUAGAUAGCACUGUACAAGUGGGGAGGGGGAUUCACCGAGUCUUGUUAAGAGUGCUGAAGCGAAGGGGGUAUACCUACCUGUGCAACUUGGCGUGUUGUCGUCAUAGUGGGAUAGUCCCGCGCGUCGCAGUGUGUGUGUGUGUGGUGUGGUGUACGCCGGCCGGCAGGACGCUUGCUUGUUUACCGCGAUCCCCGUGCAUCGAUAGGAGGACGUACGCGACGCGGACCCACGUAAGAGAAAAAUUAUCACCGGUGGUGUUGUUCUCGGAAAACGUGAACUCUUGUCUGAUGACACUCGACCUCGCGGUCUCGUCAGCGGCGCGGCGUGACGUCCGCUGGACACCCACCGGCCAACCGGUGGCUCUGGAGCCUGUGGAGCCUCUAUGGAGCCAACGACAGCCUCCGGCAGUCUGAAGGCGCCAGAGCAGACUCCAGACUCUUGAAGCCACUCCUGUUUGCCGUGUUCCCGAGGGCCGGCGGUCGGCGAAACGGAUUAGCAGAGCGAGAGCCGAAACCGCAGAGCAGCAGAAGCAGCAGCAGCAGCAUUUGGCGCGCGAGAGAGGGAAUUCCAGCUGCCGCGGCCGGGCCGGGCCGGGCCGGGCCGGGCGGGUAGUGCGUUGGGCCGGCGGGGCUCCCAGGCCCCGGGGGCGGCUGGGCUGGGCCGAGUGGCCGGGCGCGCUGAUGGCGUGGCCGAUAGCCAGGGUGCGCUGCGCGGGGCGCUGCGCGGUGCUCUCUGCUCCCGGCGCCCCCGGGGGGACGGAGGGCUGCGGCACGACAAGCCGACCACAGGGAUGCUUAUCGCUGGCCGGCCGCGUGCCGUAUGCGGACACGUGACUGACCUGCCUGCCUGGGUGCACCGCAUUGCACCAUGAAAAAGUACAAAACACACCGCGAACUCUGUACUUUGUGUGUCUGCAUCGCGACAAUAUGUAUCGGCUGUCUCCUUUCUUCCCCUCCGUUCGACUGGUGCCGUCGCUGCUGCAUUAUUUUCAGCACACUAUGAAAACUCUGUUGCCUCUUAUUGUGUGCUUAAAUUUUGAAAUUUAUUUGAAACAAGCUACUUUAGUGUGUGUGUGUUUCUUUUAGAAUGCCAAAGUUUUGUUUUUCGAAGAAGCCUCUGAGCUUUCACUGCGUGACACGCACGUGCGUUUAAUUUCUGACUUUUCUUUGUGGGGCUUGUUCUUGGCAUCUAGCUUACUACAGCUCUACAAUGCGCUAGUAACGCAAGCCCCUUCGGCUGGCCGGAGGCGGGCUGUGCUCGGCUCGGCGGCUGCUGGGCUGGGCUCUGGGCGAGACGGCGGCCAGUGACCGACCGUGUCUCGGCGGGGCGGGGCGCGGGGAGGCGCGGCGGGCCGAGUAGAAUGGCACUUGUAACGAACGCUUCCGCGUGUUGAGUCAUUUCUAUCAGCUUGCCUACAGUGACGGGAGGGACCGAAUCGGAUUGAAACGGAGCGAGCGAGAGCAGCGCGGAGCCCGCGGCGGCGGUGUUGAGCAGCCGCGGGACCUCGUUCCCCUUGCUAAAGGCUCUCUUGCGCCCGCCUAUCUGUCUGCCCUGCCCCCACCCCUCCCUCAACCCUCGCGAAAUAAAAGCAAUUCACUUGCAGCGGCCUGACGACGCCCCUGCACCCUGCCAUGCCUCGCCCGCCGACCAAACACCCUCCACCACCCUCCCGCGCCGCCCGCCCCGGCCAGCGGCCAGGCGACCACCACGACCACGCCGCCCCACCGCCCGCCGGCCAUGUGUCCAAUUCGGAUGGCCAAUGAGCUUCUGCCGUCUGCGCCCUUGUAAUACUUUCUGCGAUGAGCUCUCCGCUUAUCAACGGCCAAUGGGAUGGGCCUUGUGGUUCGCGCACCCGUGCGUGUGUGUGUGAGUGUGGCUGCCUGUCUGUGGCUUCCGCUGGCUCAAUCUCCACGCCCACCCCCACAUCCCCUUUGUCAAUUAUUCAAUUAUAUGCGGAAUUUCUUUGUAAGUACACGGAAUGAACGUGUGCAAUAUCCUCGAUAACAUUUGUUCUUUUCGGCUUGCAUUUGCUCCUUUCCCUUCUCUUCCGAGCGUCACUGCCGAGGUGAGCGUUGUGAGCACAAUGGCGCUUCCGCUGACCCCCCGCGUGCGCUCGGCGUGCGCCCAUGACAGUCCACGGCGGCGCGCAGCGCUCGUGUGUCUUCUGGAGUCAAUAACGAGCAACGCACUGCACGAGUGCUUCGUCCUCUAAGCAUGCGCUGACCGGUGGCGGCAUGCAUGAUGCACUGUAGGAAGAAUAUCCUCAGUUUUAAUAGGCGACAUGUGGCUGUCAGCGUCAGCUCAAAAGUUGCAUCGGUGAUGGAUUCCACCGUAAACCACCGAUCAUUUUAGGGUACAUUUGUGCACUUCCACUGAUGAGGUAAUGAAAAUUGAGUGUACUUUUAUCACUCUAAUAAUCACUUGUUCACGCUCAUAUCUUCUCCUUUUCUGAAAAGAUAAUGCCGAAAAAGUCGAAAACAAUUUCGGAAGUUAGCACACCCUGGUCGUAGUCGUUCGUUAGUCGUAAUGAACAUGUAGUGUCUUGCGGCAGCUGCAAGGCAGUAGUUGCGGGAGAUGAACCCUCCGCGAUCAAGUCAGUCCGAUGGCCUUUCCGUAUCCGCCGCUCUCGAGCAGGCCGCCGCGCUGCCGGCCGGCUGACCGGCACCUUGUAUAUC